AUGUUUCCGUGUGCCCUGGACCCCGCCUCCAAACCUCGGGAGAGGAGGAGAGGGGGGUGCUGUCGGUGUUUGGGUCUGGUGAAAGCACACUCAGACCCGCACGCUGGAAACAGGACCUCGUUAGCCACAGGAAGUGCAGGGGGGCGGAGCGGGGGGCGGAGCGGGGGGCGGAGCAAGGGGCGGAGCGAGGGGCGGAGCGGGGGGCGGAGCGAGGGGCGGAGCGGGGGGCGGAGCGAGGGGGCGGAGCGGGGGGCGGAGCGAGGGGCGGAGCGGGAGGCGGAGCGGGAGGCGGAGCGGGAGGCGGAGCCGCGGCUUCGUGUCAUUUCUCAGCCCGCGCGGCUCUGCGAGCGCUCCCAGACGCCGGUGCUUGAGGCGACGGCAGUCUGGGUGUGGGACGGUUGGAACAGAGCCAGCUCCCUUCGCCGGAGGACGGUCUCGGAGAAGCCGGGGAGCGGAGAGCGCUCGGGCCAGGGCCGGCGGGAGGAGCCGGAGGCGGAAGAGACGGCGUCGAAAAUGGGGUAA